CUUGUUUCACUUCGUAGUUCGUGCCCGUGUUUAUCGGCGAUCUGUGUUUGGGAAAAACUGUGUGUACGACGACGACGACAACGAUAACAACAACAAUACAAACGACGACAACGACGACGCGGUAAAUCAGUGCAAAUGAUUGUAAAUCAGUAUAAAUGAUUGUCAUUCUCUCUCUGUGUAUUUUCAUGUGCAUCGCGAGAAAAUCGCCACUAAUUCAAGUUAAACGGAAGAAAUUUAAACAACAAAUAAAUUAGCGUGUGUGCGUCGUGGUUUUUUUUUUGCGCCCAGUCUGCGAUAUGUGGUGUGUUUACACAUGAUGUAGAAAAAGUAAAUUAAAUAGAAAAAGAUAAAAGUAGGAGAUGGAGUAUAAGCGCAAUAGACUUUUGAAUUAACGCUAUAUAAGUUUUCCACUUAUGAUCAAUAACACACAUAUGCACACAGCAAGUGUGCGACCGUUUUGAAAGCAAAAAACUCUGAUCGAAUGAAGCUAAACGAAUGAAAACAAAACAAAAAAAAAUAUUGUGAAUAUAUGCAUGCACAUAUUAAAUUGAAAUUUGAAAGAAGAAAAAACAACGACGAAAAAAUUGAGAAAAUCAAAUACAAAUAAUGUUUCAAGAUAAAUCUAAUAAUGAUAAUAUGGUUUGAAAGCACAAAAAAAACGAUACGCGAAAAACUACACCAUCGAAGAAAAUUGUUUCUUUUUUUUUCAAUUUUCGUGUUGUUGUUGGUAGGCAGAGAAGCCUUCAUAAGUUGCCUCGUGAAUGCGCGUCAUAAGUAAUGCUUUUCAUUUCAUCGAUUCAAGCAAUAUAGAGAGAGAUUGUGGAGACAAGAAGCAACCGAAUCAAUUGCAGCCAGAAACCAACAACAAAAUUCACCCCGAGGAAAAGUUGAAACUACUUGCAUUCGAGCCCGAAAAAAAGAGCCAUUAAACGCAUUAAAAUUGAACACGCGUUCAGUGCAUUUGAUAUAAAUAAAAAUAACAACAACGGCGCAACAAUAAUAUUUAAUAACAAAUCUAGCAUCUGAAAUGUGUCUAUAGUGUGCAUAUGAGCCCGCAGCAGCUAUAACGACAGAAAAGAGAUAGAGAAAAACACAAAAUAAAAAACUACACACGGCAAAGCAACAGCAUCAACAAAUGCAUAAAUGGACUAUCGAGAUAAAUAUAAUAAAACUAAUUGUAAAAACGAUUCAAAUUGAAAGAGUGUGUAUAAAGGAGUGAACGCGAGAAAAGAUAGACAAACAGCAACAACAACAAAAAAACUUAUAUUCAUCAUCAUCAUCGUCGUUCAAAUAAUUAAAAAAAAAAACAGCACCGCCAAAAGAUUCUGUGGAGUUUGCCGUCGCACUAGCACACACCAGUGUGUGCACCAGUAUCCGCGCCACAGUUUCUGUUUUGAUAUUACUCCGGAUAGUAAAUCGAAUGACAAAAAACGGCAAGCAACAACAGUAGUCACCGUCGGUAGUUUUAUUGAAAACAACACAUCAAAAAUGAGCGAAGAAAAUAUGAAAUAAAUAAUAAUACAACAAUUGUCGCACCGCUCUCCUCAGUUAUACACGACAAAUAACACACACAACUGAGAAGAAAAAAGAACAAAAAAAAAAAUACAAUUGACGGCUUGACAAAACAGUAAAACAAUAACUGGAAGAAAAGCAAUCAUCAUCUCAUUAGCAAAAUUCUAGGCAUAAUACAACAAAAAUGGAAGCCGGAACCAGAAUAUUACUCGGAAUACUCUUUAUAACAGCAACAAUGGACACAGCCUUAACCCACGAAAGUAUAAUGGGACGAAGGGAGCCGUGCUCGAAUGAAGGCGAAGAAGUGGCAGUCGAUUCAAUCAAAGAUAUGAAAUGCUUCAAAUGUAUUUGUCAGAAUGGUUUCGUUGAAUGUGAACAGGAAAAUUGUCCGGCUGUUGAUGAUUGUUACAUGCUUGAAAAGAAGAACGGUUGCUGUGAAAAAUGCAAAGAAUGCAUUUACAAAGGUGAACGAUACGCAAGUGGUGCCGAAUGGUCUGAUCCAGACGAUCCUUGUGCAAGUUUUAAAUGUAUGGCUGGUGUGGUUACGGAAUCGAAUAUGCAAUGCUAUACACCGUGCAAUAAUCCGUUAUCGCCGCGAAAAGGACAAUGUUGCUCAACCUGUUUAGGAUGUAGUCUAAACGGCCAAACAGUACAAGACGGACGUGAAGUGACACUUAGCGAAGAUCCAUGCUUAAAAUGCUCUUGUUCAAAUCGACGUUUGACAUGUGUUAAAAAAGCAUGUCCCGUACUCCAAUGUCCACCAUCCAAACAGAUUAAAUUGCCGGGUGAAUGCUGUCCAAAAUGUAGUGAAAAACGUCAAGUUAAACCAUUUCCCGGACGUUGUAUAUUGGGCAAAGGAUUUUAUGACGAUGGCAGACAAUACAGUCCAGAUAAAUGCUCGACAUGUACCUGCGUAAAUGGUACAUCAAUUUGUCGACGCGAAACAUGCCCAGUACUUGAAUGUUCACCAACAUAUCAAAAACUAACACCAGGCGAAUGCUGUCCACACUGUCCACCGGUUGCCAAAGCUCGUUCAACUUGCACACACGAUGGUAAAACGUAUCAGAACAAUGACACAUGGAAUUUGGAUUCGUGUCGAUCAUGUCGAUGUCAUGAAGGUGAAAUUCGAUGUGCACAGGCCAAAUGUCCGACUAUAAAAUGUCGACCAAAUGAAACGCUCGUUAAACCGGAUGGUCAGUGUUGUGGUCGGUGCGAAGAAAGUGCCGGUAUUUGUACCGUUUUUGGUGAUCCACACUACAAAACAUUCGAUGGGAAAUUCUUUAGUUUUCAAGGAUCAUGCAAGUAUCAAUUAACGGCCGACUGUAUGAAUCAAUCAUUUUCAAUACGUGUAACAAAUGAUGCACGUAGCACCAAAUCAUCGUCAUGGAUAAAAACGGUAACACUUAAGAUGCCCACAAUUCGAGUGAAUUUGGGGCGAAAAAUGCGCGUCAAAGUGAACGGAACACGUAUUACGCCACCAUAUAAAUUAGACAAUUUACUAGACAUUCAGCGAACCGAUGAGGGAAUCAGUGUUAACACUGAAAUUGGCAUUAAUCUUCUAUGGGAUGGUAGUAAUUUUCUUCAAGUUCAAGCGGCCACCUCAUACAAGAAGAAACUCUGUGGCCUUUGUGGAAAUUACAAUAAUGUGUAUCGUGACGAUUUGACAUCGAGACGUGGUAUCAAUUACACUGAUGAUGUGUGGCGUUUCGCCAAUUCAUGGAAGGUCGGUGGAAUCAAGGCAUGCUCACGAAAGCAUGAAAAUCUCGCCAAAUCACCAAUAUGUCGACUGAAAAAAGGUGGCCAAUUUUGUAAGCCAUUGCGUGAAUCAGAGAUUUUCGAUGAUUGUGGCACCCGAUUAAAUCCAGAACAUUAUUUUGAAUCAUGUCGUAAGGAUAUGUGCGAAUGUCCAUCUGGUAAAUGUUAUUGUGACAGUUUUUCGGCUUAUGCGCAUGAAUGUAAACGUGUUGGUGGUUUUGUAUCGGAUAAUUGGCGACGUGAAACUGGUUGCGAACACAAUUCAACGACCGCAUUAUCGACCAACUUAAAUCGAUGGAUACCAGCAUCAUCCAGCCAAGCGACCAAUCAAUUGCUAUCAUCACACAGUAAAUCACAUCGAAAUCGACAGAAACUACGACGCUUACAACAUGGUAAUUCGAUGCGAUUCAAUCAUCAUCACCAUCAACAACAUCGAAAACAACACUUUCCAUUGUCGUCAACAUUUGAUAUUGAUAAUCCAGAUUUUGUACUAAGACCGCAUGAUCAAGAGCAAAUCAUCCUAUCGCAACAUGUACCGCGUGAGCUUCGCUUACAAAAUCAUAGCCGAACACCACCGCCUCUAGUGUAAUGUGAUCGAUUUUGUGUGUUAUUUGCAACUGCAAAUGGUUUUUCCAUUUAAUAUUUUCCUUCUUCUCAGUUCUCACCUCCGUUUUUCUUUUGUGCCCGUUUUCAAUUCUUUUUCUUCGGUAUCGCGCUUCUGUCGCGAUGCUAAAACUUCAAUGCAGCGCAUCGUUUAAACCAAAUUAAAUAUAAUUGAGCUCACACUAAAUCUUGAUGUCUCUACAAGAAAAAACGAACGUGAUACGAACUAAUUUAAAUGAAUCACGUUGUCAUGUUUUCUAUUUCAUUUUUUUCUGUUGUUGUUGUUGUUGUCCUGGAGUUUUCAUAAUUAAAAUUCUAAUUAUAAAUUUAAAAGGAACAUCAAUAAUUUUGUGUCAUUUUUUUUGACAUUUCAAAACAAUGCUUCUUUGACAAUUCGUUUUCUCAGUGUUCUGACUCUGUUGCAUUGAAUGUGUUUAACUCUGCCGAUUUUACAUAAGUAUGGCGGAAGCCGCAGAUCCUAUGUUUUUCAAUUCCGCGACUGAAGUGUCGAAGAGAUAUUUCCAGCAUUGUUUUUUUUUCUUUGUUCAUAUUGAGUAAUAAUUUUUGUAUCUCAAAAUAGAGAGAGAGGAAAUAGAGAGAGAGAGAGAAAGAGAAAGAAACACACACAAUUGUUCACUAAAUGUUAGUUUGUAAGCACUUUACAGUCCAAUUUCAUUUAAACAUCAUCGAACAAACAAAAAUUUAUGUCAUUUUCCAAUUUAUAAUAAGACACCCAUGCAAGGAGGAGAAAAAAAAAUUAUUAUUUAAUAUGGAAUAACGUUCAAACAUGCAUCGAACCAUAUAUGUAAAUUAUAUGGCCUAUAUAAGAAAUUUUUUUGACUGAAUUUGCCAUAGUAUGUAGAUCAAUUAUUAUGAAAGAAAAAAAAGGGGAAUUUCCGUUUUAGUGACAAAAUGAAAAGAAAAACGAAUAAGUAGGAAUUAGAAGUAAAUCGAAAUAUCCGACCGGAUGAGCACAGCAUGUAUAACAAAGCACAUGCAUAAUACAUACACAUACACAUACACAUAGAAAAACCAAUAUAAUCUUUCUCAAGUUAGUAAAUACUCAGCACAAACUGGCAAAUAAAAGAAAUAAAUCCCGGAUGGAAUGAUGAGUCGGGGAAAUUCCCUCGAGAAAAAAAAAUGGGAGUGUGCGCAUCGGAAAUGUUGAUCAUCAUCGGAAGAUAUUUCGUGCUCAAAAACAAUUAAAUGUAUUGUUUUGUUUUCUUUUUUUUAUAUAUAUAUUUAUAUACGUAUGAACGAUCUUUUGCUUUCACCUGCCGAACCAAUUCAGAAAAUUCAACACUUUUGACAAGUUUGAAAUAGCUUUUGUGUAUUUAAAUUUAAAUCGAUCUAAUUUGGUGUCAUGCAUUUUCAUUUCACUACCAUGAAAUUUAAGGGUUUCACAACCCAUUACAUACAUAUAUAAAUAUAAUAUUUGAAGCUACUUUAUUUAUAUUAAACACACACACACCGCACACAUACACACAUUGUAUUUUGUAUAUAUAGAUUUUUGAAUAUCUUCUUUCCAUGUAUUGUUAAUUUGUUUUUUUGUUCGAUUUUUUGAACAGUUUUGAAAAAGAGAAAGAAAAUA